GCGGUCGAGGCGCUCAACGGCCUCAGCGGUGCUGGGGUGCAGGGUGGCUCGCUGCCGCGGGCUGGCGCGACGCUCGCGCAGCAGCAGUGCCUGAUGCGGAUCGCGGACUCCGUCUCCCAGCUGGCUCCCCCACCGGGCGACCUACAGCCUUUGGCAGCCCUGCAGGAGCUCCAGGCUGCUCUGUCCUACGACGGCUCUCUGUCGACGAGGGCGGAGGCGAUGGACGUCUCCCGGCUCUCGCUGCCUCCUCCAGGUUUUUUUGACUCCGUCUAUCGUGAUAUCUCGGCAAGGUCUUUCCAAAUACUUGAGUUUUUGCAGCGGAAGCAGCGCGUUGGCUUCAAGAAGCCCUACUCGGACCCCAGCCUUAGAGACCCUCGCCGCUAUGCAGCGCUGGUGAUGCGUCUCCAUGAUGCUGGGGUGGUCGACCUCGUCAGCGACGCCGCCCUGGUGGUCGACGAGGUCGGCUUGUUCAGCGUGGCCAAGAAGAGCGGGCGGCAGCGGCUGGUCGUCGACGCCCGCCCCGCCAAUUUCUGGUUCGGCGACCCCGAGGGCGUCCACCUGGCCACAGGCGCGGCGCUGGCGGCGAUCGAGCUGCCGGACGGCGCCAACCCGUGGACCGCCUCGGCGGACAUCGCGGAUGCUUUUUACAACGUGCAGUUGUCGGAGGCUUGGAGGCCGUGCUUCGCGCUUGUGUCGGAGGCGGCCGCCGACCGCGCGGGGCUGCUCGUACUGUCCAGGAUCGCGGACCGGCCUGCCGGCCCAAGCCUGGGCUCCGGCGCGCACCUCGUGUACGUCGACAACUUCGCGUCCCUCGCCCUCGACGGGGACACCGCCGACCGCCUGAAGGAUGACAUGCUCGCCGAGCUGCGCAGCGAGGGCUUCCUGGUGCAUGAGGAGGAGGCCGCCUCGCUCCACGCGCAGGUCUCGGCCCAGCAGGUGCGCCAGGUCGUGGGCAACUACACCUUCCUCUUCAUGGUGAAGCGCCCGCUGCUGGCGGCUUACUCGGCCGUGUAUCGCUUCAUCGCAAAGGCCGGUGAGGCGCCUAGGGCGCCCUGGGGGCAGCUCAUCGAGCCCCUCGAGCCCCUGGAGGCCUACAUCUACUCCGAGCCGUCCUCGAAAGGUCACCUCUGCAAUGUGCCGUCGGACAUCCAGGAGCCCGUCGCCCCCAUGGACAAUGGCAGCCCUCGCGCGGAGCCCCAGGAGACCGACUUCGAGCCUCUGGAAGUUCAUCGCAUCUCAGGGGACCGGGUCGUCAUCUCGAGCGGGGCCUGGGAGGGGGAGAAGCACCGGGGCGCCCUCGUGGAGGCGGGAGGCGUCGCCGCGGCGCUGCGGUGGAUCCCGUCGGAGGCGAACCCGGCGGACCUGCCCUCCCGCCGGGCGCUGAGGCAGCAGCGGGGCGCUCCAGCCGGGCGACGGCUUCGAAGCGAGGCCAGCGCCGGGCUGUCGAAGGCGGCGGAGGCGGCAGCCAAGCGUGCGGGGAGAGCCGCGGCGCGGGCUCCCGGGGCAGCCGCCCUUCGCGCCUCGGCGGGCCAUGUCCUGAGGGCCCUCUCGAUCUCGGCGACCACGAGGGUGACCGUGGCGCUCCGCACCGAGACGGCGGACGACCUGCUGGCGCACUGGAUAGACAAGCAGUACGCCGAGGGCUGGAACCCCGAGCACGGGGCCUACAUGCAGGCGGCGCUGAAGUUCAUGAUGCCGCAGUUCGGGCGCGGGGGCCAGGGGCUGCCGAAGGCGCUGCAGGCCUUGCGGGGCUGGCGGAAGCGGGUGCCGGCUCGCGCUAGGCUCCCGCUGCCUUGGGAGAUCGUGGCGCUCAUCGCGACGCGCCUGAUCGAUCGGGACCUGCUGCGGGUCGCUCUCUACGUGCUGGUGACCUUCGCGGGCUACCUGCGGCCGUCGGAGGCGCUGCGGGCUCUGGGGGCCCACCUGAUACCCCCGACGCUGGGGUGUGUGUGCGACGGCUGGUCACUAGUGCUCCACCCUCGCGAGCUGGCGGUGCCCAGCAAGACGCAGGUCUACGACGAGGUGACCCCCUUCGACCUGCCGUUCUACAGCUUCCUGCCCGGCGCCCUCCGUUGGCUCAAGGCGUCGACCCACCUGGGCGAGCCGCUGUUCCCGUUCACCCUCGUUCGCGUCAGCUUCCUGUUCAAGGAGGCGGCGGAUGACAUGGGGCUGGCGUCGCUCACCCCGCAGCUGUGCCAGCUGCGGCACUCGGGCCCGUCGGUGGAGCUGGCCCUGCAGUUGCGGACCCUGGCCAACGUCGAGCUCCGCGGCCGCUGGCGUACCGACGCGUCGGUCGCGCGCUACCUCGAGCCAGGCCGCGUCAACGAGCACCUACAGAGGCUGGCGCCCGAGGUGCAGCGCGCGGCCCUGCUGGCCCCGGUCUCCUCCGGCGAAGGCGUGCUGGCGGCAGCCUUGCGGAGCGACGGCCCCCUGGUCAUCGAUCGGGACAUCGCCUGGGGGGCCGACUGGGACCUCACCGACCCGAAGGUCUCCCGAGUGCUGCGGGGCUGGCUGAACGCUGGCCUGAUCUGGUGCAUGCACUUCGGCGUGCCCUGCGAGACGUGGUCCAGAGUCCGGGACACCAGACCGCUGCGCGUGCCAGGUGGGCCUCCGUCCUGGCCGAGCCGGCCUCGCUCCGACUCGGAGCUCUGGGGACUCGCUGCGGUGACGCACCCGGCGGACCGGGCUCAGAUCAUGGCCGCCAACAA